AUGGAUAAAGGAGAGCGGGAUUUACUGGAGGAACGUUCAAAAACUCUGCGGGUCGAAUUAAAGGUAUGGGAAAAGGACUUUCAGAACAAUAAUCAAGGGCGCAAAGCAGCUAGGGAGGAUAUCAAAGCCAACCCUGACAUUGCCUCUAAGUAUAAAGAGUUCAAUAAGGUACGCGAUAUACUUGCUGGAAAGAUUUCGCACAUACCUCCAUCGGCCCCUAAAGCGACGCCCCGAAAGAGAAGACAUGAAGAGAAUCACAAUGAAACUCCCCAAAAACGGUUACUUGUUGACAGGACACCGUCGAAGAAUACAAUGUUACCAUGGGACGUCGACCCUUAUCAUUCUCCUUCCAUUAUGAGGAAUUUGUUUGCUACACCUUCUAAGAAAAUGGCAAUUGGGCCGACACCACAAAAGGAUGGACAGGUGCUUGGGUUAUUUGAUUUGGAUCCAGAUAGUGCCGCAGAUUCCCCUUCUACUGCUCACGGAACAGCAGGAAAGUUAGCUGCAACACAAUCUACACCUCGAAAAACUGGAAUGACCCCAGGAAGUACAAGAGCAAUCAUGCAUAGCAAUACACCGUCAUCGAGAAGGACUUUACUAUUCAGCACACCUUCAAAAAAUAAAACUGCCCAUGAUCACGGAUCAAAUACACCUUCUUCAGUAUCAAAACUACAUUUCAAUACACCGUCCUUUUUAAGAAGAGAUAGUCAACGAAUACGACUGCCAGCUGUUGAUGAAAAUGAAGAAGACCCACCCGACUCCCCAGAGAUGGUUCGAGGACCUCAAAGACCAAUGAUCAAAAGUUUAAGCAGUAUGCUUGCUGGUCUGCGAAAAAUGGAAGAAGAUGCUGCGGACGAUGAUUUGGAGGCUUUGAAUCAAAUGGAAGCCGAAAUGGCCAAUACCUCGAAGUCUAUACCAAAACCAAAACCAAGACUACAAGAAACAGACUCAUCAAAUAUCCCAGCAUCAAAACCCCCAGCUAAAGACUCUCUUCCGGAAGAUACAAGCGUAGUCGACAGCCAGCCACGAGAAUUGCUGGGCGGUUUUGAUGAUGAAGCUAAGUACGAUUCCGAACCUGAAGAAGCGACGAAUGCGCAUACAAGCACAUUUAAAAAGAAAGGUCAAAAGCGCACCACCCGUCGCGUAAAUCUGAAACCAAAUCGUACGAAGCCCUCCCAACCUAUGCCACCUACCAACCACUACGAUGCCUCAGAAAGCGAAGACGAGCUUGCCCUCCCUGACGACCACCUCGAAACUAUCCCGGAAACUCAACUCGACGAUGAGAUUCCCCGGCCUGAGGAUGACGAAUUUCCCCAACCUGAUGAAUUUUUGCCUGACGGUCGAAAUUUCGACUCCGACUCUGCCUCUGAAUACACUGCUUCAGAAGGAGGAACACGGUACAGAAGACCAGAUCAGGAUAAGACAAAAAAGAGUAGAGAGGUGAACAAGGAAGGAAAGGUUAAAAAGGCUGCCAGGAAAGUUAAGGCUACGGCAGGCAGUUUGCAAAACUUCAAGAGGUUGAAGUUAAGGAACAGUGGAGCGAAAGGAGGACCAGGGGUUGGCAGUAGAUUCAGAAGGAGGAAGUAG